CCACCACCAUCGAGACGACGACAAACCCAGGACAUGGACAGAAAUGUACCAAAGCUACCGCUAGAGCUUCUUACUGAAAUUCUGGACGGUCUGCCCCACCGGGACAUCAUCACGCUGACCCGCGUUUCCCGGCUGUUCAAUGGGCUCACCCUUCGUUUUUUGUACAAGGAGAUCGUCUUGGUCGGGGAAACCAAGUUUCGACAAUGUUUUGACACCCUGGCUUUUAACGAGAGGAUUGCCACUCAUGUCAAGUCCUUGACGAUCAUGUUGAAUAGUACAUUUGAAACCACCUCGGUGCUCAACCGGACGCUUCGAGCGGCAUUACAGAACAUUUCUGCCAGCUUAGUCAAGCUGGACCUCACUGCCUGCCCCUUCAACCUGUCGUAUCUGUUGAAACGGAUCUCCUUUCCCCGGCUGUCCACGUUUCACACUAGGGUCACAAUUGACAAAGAACUGGUCCUUUUCCUGCAGCGGAACUCCCACAUCGAGAGCCUCUCGGUGGGGGAACGAAUUGAAGCAUCAUCAGCACGGGGGAAAACGAUUCCCAAGCGGAUAGAGAUGCCCUCGCUCCGCCGGUUCUACGGGCCAACGGACGCGAUGCCCAUGUUUAUUCCUGGUUCGAAGGUCGACCAGGUUUUCGUCAACGACUGCGUGACAGGCGCCAGCGCCGUUGAAACGGUCGUAACCGCAUUGGAAGCGUCGACUGUUCCAGUCACAAACCUCACAUUCGUCGACUUUACGGUCUACCACCCGUCCAUCUUCGAAGGCCUCGGUUCCAAACUCAGAAAUUUGACGCAGCUCUCGUUUCGCCACGUUUUCAUUGGUGAUUGGCGUCCGGAGAGUCAGUUGAUGAAUGGAUUAAGAACGGCGCUACCGCACCUUCCCUCACUCUACCGACUCACGUUUCACGGUUUCAUGUCACAUAUUUUCGGCGACGCUGACUGGGCCAGUUUGAACCAAGAUCACCGGCGGCUCAUCGAACUGGCGAGCUACCGAGACACGUUGACCAUCGUGGAUACAAUAGAUAACGUUCCAUGGGGCAGGAUGAAGACUUCUGGCGAGUGGGUUCCAUUGUGCUCUGGACCUGAAGGUCUGCGCUGGUGGUUCGACAAAUCCUCGCUUUUGCAGCCUCUCCAACACAACAUCUUCCGCGCUGCGUUUCUCGGGCCCCUGGCGUUCCUCAACAACCGCACUCCAGAGCAGCUGACUCGUGCCGAGCGAGAAGAGCGAGCCGGGGCUACGCUUCCCAUUCUCAGGGACAUCACCGCUAAACUGCUCAACCGUGCCUUUGGGAUGGCACCGAGCAGCGACGAGGACGACGGCCGCGGAGGCGGCGACAACAACAACGACCCUGAGCGUCUCCAAGUUCCCGUCCGAGGGCUCAACCAGCGGCAGAUGCGGCCCUAUGAAGACACCGAACCGUCCUACCCCGACACCGACGCUCGAUCCAUCUGGGACCACUUUUGCUCCAUGGUCGGACUCGUCUCGCUCUACCCUAUCGAUCCUGAAACCGAGGUAGAGGACUUUCUCGCGGACGAUGAGUACCCGGUUUUGGACGAGACGCAGAAGGAGUUGGCGUCGUUGAUGAUGGACUUGAUGUGGGCUGGGGUUAACCGGGGCGAACUGGAGAUUUGGAGGUAUUUGAGGAAUACGGAGGAUGAGUGGAAGGGGAUUAAGCUUUGUUUGCCGUUGGGAGGUAUGGCUGCGCGGUUGCCCUAG